UCGAUAACACUUAUCGGCUAGCAGCAACGCGGUGUGGAUUUCGUUCGGUUUUCCUACAUUUUCACCUGGCAUUUGCUUUGCAAUUCAAUACAGACUGCAUUUAAGAUGGCUGGCAAGCGACAGGCGACCUCGAACCUGAACCACGACAACUGGGACCAGGAGGAGGAGCCCGAGGAGCGCGGCACUUUCCGCACGGCCAGCGAGCAGGAGCUGAAGACUCGCGUUAUCAAGAAGGCGCGCCGCAAGAUUGCCGGCGGAUCCGCCGCCGCUGGCGAGGAUGCCGCCGGUGAGGCGCCAUCGGAACCCAAGAGCGUGUUCAGUGGAUUCUCUGGUUUCGGCAAGCCGGCUGCAACAGCCGCGGCCUCAUCGCCAUUCUCCUUCCUGGCCAACCUGCCGGCCAGUAGUACUAAAACCUCCACCACCAGCGAGCCAGCCAAGCCCUUGUUCUCCUCUUUGGCCAGCUCCAGUGCGGCCGAUAAGCCACUCACCACCAACAUUUUCGGAAGCGGCAGCGUCAGCAGCACAGCACCGUCCACGGUGAAGGAAUCAACAAGUACCACCGACGGCGCCAAGCCGUCCACGUCGAUUUUCGGCAACAUAUCAGUGGCCAAGAAGGAGAGCAGCGAGCCCAAGUUGUCGGUGACCAGCAGCAGCAGCAGCAGUGGGAAAUCUGACAGUCCCGCCGCAGAAUCUUCCGAGUAUCGAGAGAGCGUGGCCGAACUUAAUCGGGCCGUCAUGAAGUUCCUGCAGGAGCAUAUGGAGAAGAGUCCCUACUGCAUACUAACGCCAGUGUUCAAGAACUACGAGAAGCACCUGAAGGAGCUGCAGGACGUGGAGAGCGCCAGAGCAAACACCUCAAAGUCCACACCGCCACCGCCACUUUUUGGGGUCCCAGCUGCGGUCGUAUCCACUGCAGCAUCGUCGCCAUCAAAGCCGGCUGCCACGUUUUCGUUUGGCAAGCCCAGCACCCCCAUUGGCGGCACCACGUCGCCCUCGGCCAAGAAGCCCAACUGCACCGUGACCAGUGGUGGGUCAACUACCACAUCCACAACACCGCUGUUCUCCUUCGGCAGUACGGCAGCUUCCGGUGCGUCGCCGUCGACUGCCGCCAAAUCUGCAGUUCCUCCAGCCACCAGUAUCUUUAGCUUGGCCCCAAAGCCUGCGGACGAAGCCAAGGCCGAUGAUGCACCCAAGCCCAGCAUCUUCAGUUUCGGUGCUAAAAAGGAUGAGCCUCUGGCGCCGCCACCGAAAACUAAUGGCUUUAGCUUUGGACUAAAGAGCAAUAGCGACGACAAGCCCAGUACCUCGUUGUUUGCCGGUUUUGGAAAGGCACCCGACGGAGCUGGAGAUGGCAUAAAGGGCUUUUCAUUCACCGCCAAUGCCACGCCCUUCUCCUUCGGAAACAUCCAACCGCCAGCAGCAGCAACUGUUGCCAGCGAGGAAGCGGAGGACGAGGAAGACAAGCCGCCAAAGGUCGAGUUCAAACAGGUCGUGGAGGAUGACGCCGUUUACUCAAAACGAUGCAAGGUGUUUAUUAAGAAAGACAAGGACUUUGGCGACCGCGGCGUGGGCACGCUGUACUUGAAGCCGGUCAAGGACUCGGAGAAGACCCAGCUGCUCGUGCGCGCCGACACCAAUCUGGGCAACAUCCUGGUCAACCUCAUUCUGAGCGAGGGCAUACCCUGCCAGCGGAUGGGUAAGAACAACGUCAUGAUGGUCUGCGUGCCGACGCCGGAAGACACCAAGGCCACAUCGCUGUUGCUGCGUGUAAAAACCGGCGAUGAGGCCGACGACUUGCUAAAGAAGAUCAAGGAGCACAUCAAAUAGGAGAAAGACAGCUACAAAUAAUUAAUUCGUACAUCUAAAUGUUGUUUAAUCGUUUAUAUAUUUUAAAACUAUUACGAAACCCUGGAAAUAGAACACAAGAAUGUACACAAAAA